AUGGCGGUCGGACACAUACUCCACGCUUGGCUCUCCAAGCUUAGGCAUCACAGAAGAACGUCCAAGAAGAUCGAGCAGGUCGAUCCUCGCAAGUCUGUGGAUUUUCCUCCCUCUGAGGCUCCUGCCCCUCUUGCGACUAAGUCUUCAAUUUUGGAGUCUGAGACUGUUUCGGAGUCCGAGACUGAGCAGUUUGGAAGUCCCUUGAGGAGAGUACCGACACCUUAUCCUUUCUUUGGCACUGCUCCAUCAAACUCAGGUGCAUUCACUGAAUUAAGUGAUAUUGCAAAAGAGAAGGCCUUUUAUCCCAUCUGA